UCAAAAACGCGUUUAUUUCUGAAACGCACGGAGCGCUGGGGAGGAGUUAUGACUGUUGUUAGAUCUGUGGAAAUAUUAACUAACAAGAGCUACAAAGCGAUCAAACUGUCAAAUGUAGGUUUAUAAAGAGAGCAGGAGCGCGUUCAUUUUCGCACAAAUAUAUUUCUAGGUAAUCACCAGGUUCACUCAGAGAUGACGUCAGGUAACUUUUUAUAAACUUCUCAAUGGACGAACUCAAACGAACCCGCUGCAGCUGGUCCUGUUGGUAAUUUCAGAAGAUCUGCAUUCAAAUGGACCGGCUCCGGUUCGUCUGGCUCCUGGCGUUGUGCGCGUGCCUGUGGCACACCUGCACGCGCUGCUCAGUUUCAAACUGUUGUGAGGGAAAUAUCCUGCUGCUUCUGGACUCGUCCGGUAGCGUAAAUUCUCAUGAGUUUUCUCAGCUGUUGCACUUCCUGUCGGAGCUCCUGCAGCCGUUCCGAUUGGGCCACGGUCAGGUGAGGGUGGGCCUUGUGCAGGUGGGAACGGAGCCUAGACUCGAAUUCGGCCCAGACACGUACAAUACCCAGAACGGCCUACAGGAGGCGCUGAGGAGAACACAACAGCUCCAUGGAGACACAAACACUGAGGAUGCGUUGCGAUUGGCCGAGAGAAUGUUUCAGAAUGAGGCUGGCACUGAAGCCGCACCCAGAAUACUACUAUGGCUCACGGAUGGGGUGGGGCCAGGAGCGGUGGAAGGACCAAUGGCAGCACUACGGCGACAGGGAGUGUCUGUGUUGGCCGUUUCAACAGGACCUGGAAAUUAUCAGGUGCUGCGUAAUGUGGUGACUCCGCCCAUUGAGACGCACCUGUAUUUUGUUGAUGCUGAUGACAUCAGCAUCAUCACUGAGGACUUGAGAGAGGCAAUUAUCGAGUUGAUUCGUGCAGAUCGUUUACAGGUACGUGACGUCCGCUCUCGUAGCGCUGUACUGCAGUGGCGUCCAGUGCUCAGUGGAGGUUUGGGAACUUACGAGCUUCAUUACGGGCCCGACCCAUCUGAUGGCACAGCUGCCUCCGUCAGCAUGGGCUCCAACAGCAAACUCAUCCUUUCAGAAGACGUGAACUGGGCGGAGCUCACCCACCUGCAGCCCGACACACCCUACACGGCCUGGCUCAUUCCUGAGACCAACAUUUACAACACCAAAACACUGAGUGUUACCUUCAGAACCCUGCCGGAUCAGUUUGGUCCAGCCACAGUGAUGGUGUCAGACUCGAGUCCGAGUAGCUUGCGUGUGAGCUGGGGUCCGAUUCAACCUGAGCAGGUCCAGCAGUACCGUGUGGAAUAUGGAGUGAAUCCCAGAGGUCCGGUCCAUACUUUGACCCUGCCCUCAUUUCAGAGCUCCGCCCUCCUCACACAGCUCCACCCACACACUGAAUAUCUAAUUACUGUCACUGCAGUGCACUCCUCCGGCCAACAGAGGGCGAUGUCUGUCAAAGCCUGCACACAGGAAGUUCUCCCGGCACUCGCUGACAUUCAGCUGACCUCAGUGGGGCGGGGCUCGGUGCAGGUUGAUUGGCGGGGACAGGGAGAGGAGGCAGGGCUUCUGGGUUUCUGGGUGAGUUGGAAGAAUGAAGAUCGGCCUUCAUCAUCUUCCUCACUGUAUCUGCCACCACAUUCACUGUCCACACUGCUGACUGACGUGGGUCGCACGAGUCGUGUGUGUGUAUCACCGGUGUAUCGCACGGCACGAGGGGAGGGGCUCUGCUGCACUGCACACACUUAAGCAGGAUCUGUCCAACUGUGUGCAGCUUCAGUGUGAAUCACAGAUCUGUGUGUCAUACGGUGCAUCAGUCAUUUAUCCAUGUCCACACAACAUCAAAGAGCAGAGUUCACAAAGAUCCUUUAUCAACACAAGCAGCUUCAUCAAACACAGCACACGCUAAUAAUCGAUACAAGCAGACUGAACCAAACUUCAGAACUGAACUGAAAUGUAAAAGAACUGAAGUGAUCUGAUCUAGUCUCAUCUGAAGUGAAUUGACCGUCCUCAUACUAUGUAAUUGAUUAAUUGCCUAAUUAAAAAAAAUGUGAUUCAAUCAAAUGAAACUGCAGAUCUAAGCUGUUUACAGUUGUGAUUGUGUGUGUCUAGUGACACCUAGAGACCAUUAGAUGACACGUCCAAUUCUAUCUACUGUGCAGUACUACAGGCAGUAUUUCAUUGAUUUAUAUGUAGACUUUUACUGAGAUGUCUAAGAUUUAACUCUGGUAUUACAGAAUAAACCUAUUAAAACACAUU